AUGGAAAAAUUUGGGGCUUGGCUUUGUGAAAUACAUAAUUUGGUCAAUGAAAAGCUUGGGAAGCCCCAAUAUGAUUGUGCCAAUUGGAUGGACCAGUGGCGCCCAGAGGAUUGCACUAGUUGUCACUUGAGUGAUACCAUAGCUCCGCUGAGUGAAGAUKUAUAUCUCACAGUGGCAAAAAAGCAAAAACUCGGUGAUAAGGUGGCUCCCUUGAUAGAAAAUAUGAAGCAUGCUGACUAG